GGCUUGCCUUCGGUCCCCCUCCUUCCCUCCCUCCCUCCUGCCUCCUCCUUCCUUGCCUCCGUAACCACUUCUGUUUAGAGUGCCCUUUGUCACGUCUCUCUGGGAUUCUUAAACGUGCGUCGGUGAACUUGACGGGCGUCAGACACCUCGUCACACUACGCCACGCUACGCUACUUUCUCACAUUUACUCCUACACCAUUAUAGGGACUUGGCUUUGUGGUCAAAGCUCAUGCUAGAAUUCAAGUAAAAUUUUCUUCUCUUUGCCUUUCCUUCUCUGCCGGGGAAUUCUCUCUUUCUCAAUUCUCACUACAACGUACCUUCCUUUUUGUAUUUUUUGGCCUCACGAAACAAAAAGGGAGGACCAUUCAGCUCAACCAAUACUCUUACUACUACUACUACUUAAUAAAGUUCACUCACCAACACAACAGAAGCAAAUAUUACGUACCAACUACGAGUUGUUGUAGAGAGUAUUUGGGUUUGAUCGAUGGGGAAUUGCCAGGCGGCAGAAGCGGCCACGGUGGUGAUUCAGCAUCCGGGGAACAAAGUCGAGAGGAUUUACUGGUCCGUCAGCGCUCACGAGGUCAUGUCUUCCAACCCCGGCCACUACGUCGCACUUGUCAUCAGCUCAUCGACAGCGACGAGGUCGGAGAAUGGUACACCGGUGAAGCAGCUGAAGCUUCUCCGUCCUGAUGACUCUUUGCUUAUGGGACAAGUUUACAGACUCGUCAGCUUCGAAGAUGUACUGAAAGAGUUUGCCGCCAAGAAAUCGGUGAAACUUGGAAAACUGCUAAAGGAGAGUGGUGGGCUCGUUCUGGAUACCAAGACUAACUUGUCUGCUCCCACUCCCAACUCCAAUUCCAGGCCCAGAUUGGUGAAUGGAAAUUCGUCGCUUAUUAAGGGUGCACACGAGGGCUAUGGAGCAGGUAGCAGCAGUAGUAGCGGAAUGGGCAGCAACAGUGGUAGCAGCAGCAACAGAGGCGUGGGAAGGCAUCAUAUUGGUCAUGUUGGGCAGUGGAAGCCAGCCUUACAGAGUAUUGCAGAGAUUGGAACUUGAACUCAGCCUAAAGAGAUUUGCCAGGACUGGUACUACAACGUAGUGACGUCCUAGUGCUACUCCUGAUGGUCUUUAUCCCCUUUCCGCACAAAUUAUAGAUUCUCUUGCAUGCUGCUUUUUCAGAAGAUGCAUGAUUCAUGCAUGUACAAAAGCACUCGUCAUCAGUUACCAGUUUUCUGUAUUUGCGUGAACAAUUCCCUCUUGCAUUGAUGUUCUUUUGUAUAAAUGAAUGAAAGAAGCGGCCGGGAGGGACCAUUUCAUUUCUAUUAGCUUGUGACGUCUUCGCUGGA